AUGAAUAAAAUAUUAAUCAGGAAUUUUUGUACAAAUAUAAAAAAUGAAUCAACAAAACCUUUAAUAGAUAAUAUAUAUAAAAAUAUAUUAAAAGAUAAUUUUAAAAUUGUAGAAAUUAAAGACUGUAAAAACAAUAGAGGUUUAUUUUAUAAUCCAAUAGAAUCACCAACACAAACCUUAUCAGUUAUAAAUCCCAAAACUAAUAAACCCAAUCUAAUCUUUAAAGAAGAACCUUUUAUAAGCUAUCCUUCAAUUAUAAAAUCAAAUGAAAAUAUAUGUAAUCAUUGUUUAAAAGAAAUUAAAAAAGAAGAAGAAGAAAUUAAACAAGAAUGUGAAGAAUGUAAAGUUUAUAAAUAUUGUUCAAUUGAAUGUAAAGAGAAAUCAUCAAUUGAAUAUCAUAGUGUUUUAUGUAAAUCAACAGGAUCAGGAUUUAAUUAUUUAGAGAAACAUGCAUCGAUAGAGAAGAGGAGAUUUCCAUUAUUAGCAGGUAAAAUAUUAGCAAGAAUGAUAAUGGGAUAUCAUUUAGAGAAAUCAUCAAAAUCAACAUGGUUACCAUUACAAAUGUUAUCAUUUGCAAAGAAACCACCACCAUUAGAAUGGAAAGAUGAUUAUUUAAUUUUCUCAAGAUCAUUAUUAAAAGGUAUUAAUAAUGAAAGUAUGAAAAAGAAAUUCGAUUAUGAUUGGUUCGUUAGAGUAAUGCAAAUUCUUUACUUGAAUACAAUUGGUAUUGAUAUUGAUCCAAAUCAACAAAGCACCAAAAUGUCAUCACCAGAGUCUGGAAUUGGUCUUUAUUUACUUACAUCAUUCAUCAAUCAUGAUUGUGACCCAAAUGCAUUCAUUCAUUUCCCUGAUGAUCAUACGAUGCAUUUAUCACCACUUAAACCAAUUAAUCCAGGUGAUGAAAUUACAAUCUCUUAUACUGAUACAACAAAAGAUUUAGUUGAUAGAAGAUCACAAUUAUUUGAAAAUUAUGGUUUUAAUUGUGAAUGUAAAAAAUGUUUAAAUGAUUUAUUAAUUAAAAGAAAUAAAUAA